GGCGUAUCAUGAGGUAGACUUGCAGUCAUAAUUACUGGUGCAUGUGUGCGAAGCUGUUCAUAAGCAUCAUACCCAAUCUGACAUUCAUCUCUGGCACAUUUUUAGCGAUUUGUUUCGAGAUAAUGAAGUCACGUCCAGUCGUGGCUAAAGAUGCAUGUGAAUUGCACAAGAUUACCUGUAAGGCUCUGACAUAUCCAGAAUAUAUAUUCCUGUUUUUCUGCUCCAUAGAUUUCUCAUUAUCCUCCUGUAUUACUUCUUCUACAAUCUCCAAACAACAAAAAAUUAUUAGUAUCAGAAGACUGCAAACUCAAAACCCACCAAUCCCACUUGCUACCACAUCUUCGAUAAUAGAUCCAGCAUGCCAGGCCACCGUUCUCAUAAUCAUCAAACCCCUCACCGUGGAUCCGAACCCAAACAUCGAUCCCCUCCAAAGCUGCCCCUGUCUUCGCCCCCACAAGCGGAAGUCCGCUGUUUAACUAUCCGCUACGCAUCUCUAGAUCACAGGAGCUAUCAUAAAGACUAUAAUCUACCUUAUGUUCGCCGCUUUCGUCACUCGAAUCGGGGCAUGGUGACAGAUCUUCCGACUAGCGGGGUGGUGGGCAGGAACAAUUUGCAAAGUUUGGUGCAGGAUAAAUUGACCACGUUGAUGAAUAAAGAGUUCGCUAAUUGGAAAUUCAUCGGUGCUGAGAGAUCACUGCCUGGGCCACCGAGCAACAAUACACCAUGGGGAUAUAGUGAGAGAAGAGUAAAUGUUUAUAUUGAGAGACGACAGUGAGGAGCGAAGAAGUGUCUUCAGAGGCUUUCUACUUGUAUCGGGUUUCGAGAUGGAGGGCUCUCGUGGUGGAUUAUCAUUGAUUCUAGAGGCGUAGAAAUGAACGGGAACUUGGAUGAAUGGUUUAUGAUUUCAUUUUCUGUUGGCUCGUGGUGUUAAUGUCUGAUUUUAGCCCCGCAUGGAAUUCGGUUUUUGUCGGGAUAUCGAUCAUGUGAUCAUACAGAGGGAGCUGUAUUGACUAGCGCAGGCGCUAGCUUAUAAUCUAUCUAUAAAUGUACAUAGCUUUACAUAGUAAAUGGAUAAGAACAAUUACAUCACUAUAGACUAAAAAACUUUAC